ACACGCACACACACACGCACACACUUGUCCCAACACGUCUUCCCGAUCUCCUUCCAUCCCGUUCUUCCCCUCGUUUGCUCCCGGUCUGUACAUCCGUACGCACAAUAAUACCGAUGGACUCCGGCCUGCAUGAUACGUCGGUGCCGGUGCACAUGCUGCCCAAUGUCUGGGGCAUCAACUGCGAGUUCACCCCCGAAGAGCAGGCCGCCAUCCAGACAUGCCUGCAGCAGCAGCUCGGUCCCGAGUAUAUUGCCUAUCGUAAGGGCCCGAGUGGACGUGACGAGGUCCCAUACAUUGAGGGCUGGCGCGCGAUCGAACUCUCCAACGAGACGUUCGGUUUUGGUGGCUGGUCCUCGGCCGUGAAAAACAUCAGCGUCGACUUUCUCCAGGAAAUUGGCGAAGGGCGCUUCUCUUGCGGCGUGUCGGCCCUCAUCCGGGUGACGCUGAAGAAUGGCUGCUUCCAUGAGGAUGUCGGGUACGGGUCAGCGGACAACAUUCGCGGACGCGGCGCCAUCCUGGAGAAGUGCAAAAAGGAGGCCAUCACCGAUGGGAUCAAGCGUGCCCUGCGCAUGUUCGGCAACAGUCUCGGCAACAGCCUGUACGACAAGAUUUUCCUGACGGCCGUCAAGCGCGACCGGGCCACCGGCGCCAGUGGCCGGCAAAUCAGCCCGAGCAAUUAUCGUCGCGAGGGUGAUGGCGGGCCGCAGCGCUUCAUGCCUGGGGUCAAGUUUGAGCCCGACGGCGAGGACUUCGACGAGGACUCGAUGGCCGCCAACGGCGCGGCCGAUACCACCCCUCGGCACCAGGGGUCCGGUCUGGCCAUGCCCGGCUGGGCCGCCGGUCCGGCCGAGCGCAAGCCGGUCAUCACCCCCGGCCAGAGCCCCAUCACCGGGGCGUCUCCCCAACAGCAGCAGCAGCAACAACAUCAUCAUCAUCAUCAACAUCACCCCCAGCAGCGACCCCCUGCACUGGCUGGCACCCUGCAGCGUCCGGGGCAUGUGUCCUCCCAGGCUGGUGGCGCCAUGCCUCUGCCCCACCAGCAUCAACACUUGCCGCAGCAGCAGCAGCACCAGCAGCAACAGCAGCAGCAGGCAUACCGCGGCCCGGCCGGUGCGUUUUCCCCGCAUGCUGACGGCCCGGCCCCGGAGGACCGGCAGGGGAGCGCCGAGGAGAAUGUCUCCUCGGCCAAGCGCUUUCGCCCGCAUGGGGGCCCUGGUGCCUCGCCCCUGACCCACCACCAGACCCCGGUGCCGACCCCGGUGUCUCUGCCACAGCAGCAGCAGCAGCAGCAGCAACCCUGGCAGCACCCGCCCCAGGGCCCACAUUCUCACGCUCUCGCGCCAUCUCCCCACCACGCGCAGGCCACUAGAACGGGUCCCCACUUGCAACAGCAGCAGCAGCAGCAGCAGCAGCAACCGCCGCACCACCAGUCCUCUGCCUCGCCUUCACAUCAUGCCCCGGCGCCCUCCCUGAUGUCGGCCAACCCCGAGCCGCAUCAUGCCGGGCCUCUGCUCGCCAACCGACCGGCCUCCGGGACUUCCAGUGGCAACAUUUUCGCGGAUUUCGAUGAAGACGAUCUGCACAUGCAAGCGAUGCGCCCAGCCCCGGAUGCUGGUGGGGAUGCGCGGGAUAUCCAGGCGCCAGUGCCAUCCCUCCCGGCUUCGUCCCCACACUCCCGCCACUCGUCGAGCUCCCCCGGGGCCACCUCUUCAGCCUCCUCCGCCUCCUCCGCCUCCUCCGCCUCCUCACAAUCCAUCGGUCCUGAUUCCCGGACCCCAUCCUCGCCGGACGUCCCCCGGUCGCAGGGACACCCCUCGUCGGUGCCGCCGCCGCAACCGGCACCGCCCGGCAGUAGCCCCGCCGCGUCUGGCCCUGCUUCCACGCCCGGGUCGCAGCCCCGCUCCCCUGGUGGCGGGCAUCUCCCCACGAGCGCCGGCAAUAGCCAACAGUACUUCCGCCCGGGGCCAACGCCCCCGGCGCUGCCCGGCGACGCGGAUCCCCUUUCCCCUGGGGACACCCCCUCCAGCCCGCACCCGCCUCCCCCCUUGGUGCCGCACUUCAAACAGGAGUGAGCUUGUGCCCCCUCCGAGCCCCUUUGACACCCAAUACACCUGCCCCCACCAUC